ACCCACCUUCCGGAUCUGCCAGGAUGGGAGCUCAGGCUGGGAUGUGUCCUUCGAUCGCCUUGUGACUGGAGAGAGAGGCUGAGCGAGCGGGGGAGGGAGGGAGGCGCAACGACUAGUCCAGGGACCUGUCACUUCGACACAAGCAGGGAGAGAGAGGGACAGAGAGGGGAUAGGAGACAACGAAGGGACUCAAUGAUCCUCUCCCGGAAAGCCUCAACCAGCAUCAACUCAGGAACAGGAACAAAACAGAAGAAUGAGCUGCACCUUCUAACUGCCCUCCAGAAAACGACCUGCUGGACAUGGCUCCCACAUUCAGCAGUGCCUUUGUCACUAUACAGAAAAUCUACUACCCAUCACUCUGUGUGGUUGGGAUCCCAGCCAAUCUUUUGACAGUGUAUACCAUCCACUACAGGAAGUGUGGCAUGUCGAAGGUUGCAAGACUCUAUCUGAUUUCCCUGGCUAUUGUAGACUCAAUGUGCUUGUUCUGGGGAGGAAUUGUGGACCUGAGCUUGACUUGGCUGGACCCUAACCCUUUCUGGCACCAUUCCCCAUGGUGCGGGCUGGUCACAGUCAUGGAGUACGGCUCCAUAUUCAGCUCCAUUUGGAUUGUCAUUGUCUUUACUUUGGAGCGUUACUUGGUGCUAAAGAGCACUCAAGCCAGGCAGCAGUGCUUCCAGACUAAAGUGACCAUUCAGAUCAUCCUGAGCGUCAUUCUAGUCUCACAUCUGAUUGCGCUCCCUACCUAUUGGAUCAACAAUUCAGAGUUACAGAAUGUCACCCUGUACAACCAGACCUUUCUGCUGCCCAUCUGCACUUACAAUGAUAGCUUCUUCUCCACCGUGGUGGUAUGGUUCCAUACGCUCAUCUCGGGUGGCAUCCCCUACAUCCUCCUCAUCUUCUUCAACUGUCUGAUUGGCCAGCAGCUCUACAGGGCGAGCAGGAUGUUCACCCGGGAGCAGCUCAAAUCAUUAAACGGGGUGACCACUCGCAAACUGAUGAAGAAGUCCAUCCUGAUCCUCUUCACCAUCUCCUUCACUUUUGUGCUCCUGUCGCUCCCUCGCUUUGUCACCUACUGCGUCCUGAGGACAGCCUACAACACGCCAAAGCACAACAGAGAUGACUACGGCCAGCUCAUCAAUGUGUUUGCGGAUAUCGCUAUCAUGCUGCAGUGGUUAAAUUCUGCCGUCAACUUCCUCCUCUACUGUGCUGUCAGUAAACAAUUUCGCUCAGAGUUCUUCCUCGUGCUGACCUGCCGGUGUAGGAAUGUGAGGAUCCCUGCUUCACAGACACCCUUGAAAGUUUAUAGUCUUCAAGGAGCUUGGACUAAAGCUUCAUUGACAAUAUUUGCCCAGCAUCAUUAAUCCAUCAUCAGCUCCACACACCACAUUGUGCUUCUGUUCUUAUCUCAAAAGACCCUCUCAGGAAAGGAAACAGUGAUCAUAAUAUAGUUGAAUUUCACACAAAUUUUGGACCUGACUUAUUUCAGUCCCAAGCAAAACUGUUAAAUAACUUUCAUAGGGCAGUAUGAGAAUGGAGCCUUGUUGUGUCAAAAGACUAAAACAUACUGCAGUAAAUACACUGUAGGAAAUUUUUAAAGAAACUGUUCAAAAUGUUCAACACAAACACAUGCCAUUAAACAGCACAAACUGAACACGAGCAACCUAUCAGUGACUUACCAAGGAGGUAGUAUUAGGUGAUAGGAAGAUGAUAUUAGAUUAAAAGAAGAUAAUUAUAAUAUGCAAAGAAUACUAGUAAACUUGCAGAUUGGGAGUGCUUAAGAAAGGUCAACCUAAAAAGUUAAUGAAAAGAGGCAGAAAAAUGAGUUAAUUAGCUGGGAACACAAAAACUGACAGUAAGACCUUUUACAAAUCUACAAAAGGAGCAGAGUAGCUAAAGUAAACAUUAGUCUCUCGGAGAUGGCGCAGGAAUUCUGGAAUUAAAAUGUUGACCCAUGCAGACAAAUUGAAUAGAUGAGGCUCAUAUUCUCUGGAUUUUUUUUUGUUCAUUCGUGAGAUGUAGGCAUUGCUGGAUAGACCAACAUUUCUUGCCCCUACUUAGUUGCCCUUGAAAAGGCAGUGGUAAAAUGCCUUCUUGAACCACUGCAUUCAUGUUUUGCAGGGAGACCCACAAAGCUGUUAGGAAGGGAGCUUAAUGAUUUUGACUCUAUGACAGUGAAGGAACGGCGAUAUAUUUCCAAGUCAGGAUGGUGAGAGGUGAGAAAUUUGCAGUUGGUGGUACUCCCACUUAAGUGCUGCCCUUGUACUUCCAGAUGGAAGUGGUCGUGGGUUUGGAAGGCACCAUCCAAGAAAUCUUGGUGAAUUUCUGCAGCGCAUCGUGUGGACUGUACCCACAGCUGCUACUGAAUGGAGAGCAUGAGAGUUCGUGGACGCAGUGGUAAUCAAGUGGGCUGCUUUGUCCUGGACAGUGUCAAACAUCUUGAGUGCUGUUGGGGUUGCACUCAUCCAAGCAAGGCUUAAAAGAAUGAGACUUGAUUCAUUAAAACAGACGAGGUCCAGAAUGGUCUGGGCAUGGUAGAUGCUGAAGGGUUAUUUCCUUUGGCUGUGGAGUAGGAAACACAGGGGCUAAGCCUCAGGAUAAGAUGCUCAAUCAUUAGAACAGAGAGGAGGAGAAAUACCCUCACACGGAGGCCUGCGAAUUUUUGAAAUUAUCUGUCCCAGACAGUUAUGGAUUUGCUUCAUCGAUUGUAUCUGAGACUGAAUUAGUCAGAUUUUUGAAAUCUGAAGGAAUCAAGGAAUUUGGGGGGUGAGCAGGAAAAGUGGAAUUGAUAUGUGAGGUCAUAUUGAAAGGUAGAGCAUAAUGGACGCGCUAUGGGCACUGCUGCUCAUGUUUCUGAUGUUACAGGGACAUGUUUGAGACCAGCUUGAGGUUUCUGUAGAUAAGGAAAGAGGGUAGAAAGUACGCGGACGGGUGUUAGAGUCCAGUCUUUCAAGUUGGACAUAUCUUUAACAGCAGAAAUUCCAGAUUUCACAAGAUCUCAGUGCCCAACCGUAACUAGGGCAGUGUGCCUGUCAGUAACAGGAUGCAUUGCUGAUCAGUCUGCGUGUCUGUAAGGCUGUACACCUGUAAUUGCUUUUGCUGCCUUUGUAUUUAAAUUAAUGUAGAUAAUUGCACUAAAUGCUUUCUUCUGCUCUGUGACUGAGCACACAACACCUUUUAUUGUAUUGUAAGAUCU